GGGACCGGUUCAGGUGCUUGGGUGCCCCUGACGCGGCGGCGGGAUGCCGGGGCUGGUGGUGUUCGGCAGGCGCUGGGCCAUCGGCAGCGACGACUUCGUCCUCCCGGGGGCCUUCGAGCUCUUCGUCAGGCUGCUGUGGUGGAUUGGAAUUCUUGCUCUUUAUGCGGUUCACAAGGGGCGGUUUAACUGUCCUGGAGGAGGAUUGCUGCACAGCUACUUGCUUGUCCUCCUCGCUCUCCUGGCUGCUAUAAUAUGUGCGUUAUCUGCUCUUGUAUACAUCAGUAUGCAAGGAACAAUUUCUAAUCCAGGUCCAAGAAAAUCACUUCCCAAGCUACUUUAUACUCGCCUACUUCUCUAUUUUCCUGAAUUCAUCUGGGCUGUUGUAGGAGCUGUAUGGGUGUCAGACAGCAGUGUGCAGUGUGAGAAGACUGUGAUAAAUGUCAUCAUGGGGACAGUUAUUGCAAGCUGGGUUAUCAUCAUCUUUACAAUCAUUGGAGUUGUAAUAGUCUUUGAUCCGCUUGGGGGGAAAAAGACAUUUUAUCUCACCAAUAGUGUCUGUCGGAACCUGGAGAGCAGUCAGUCAGGGCAGUUGCUGUACAAUGUGAAGAACACUGCCACCAGGGUCUGGGAAAAAAGAAUCAGGUUACUGUGCUGCUGCAUUGUGCAAGAUGAUGACCAUCGAGUGGCUUUUACAAGUAUCGCAGAGCUCUUCCGUACCUACUUUUCGGACACUGAUCUGGUGCCAAGUGACAUAGCAGCUGGUUUGACUCUGCUCCACCAAGAGCAGGAUAAAAUGGAAAGUUGCCCAAAAGAGCCUGAAGAAGUCCUGUGUCAUUCUCCAUCAUCUCUUGUGACAGAUGAUUUGGAUGCUGAACUGGAGAAUGCUGCUCACUAUAUGCUGUUUGCUGCAGCUGCUUAUGGCUGGCCCUAUUACGUAUACACCAACCCAUUUACUGCACUCUGUAAGCUCAAUGGUGACUGUUGCAGAAAUAGAACAACAGAUUCUGAUAUAACCGGCAGUGAUCAUCAUAACUUUCACUUUGGAUCCAUCCUAAGAAUAACAGGACUGCAGUACAGAGACUUCAUUCAUAUCAGUUUUCAUAACAAGAUCUAUGAGAUUCCAUUUUUUGUUGCUUUGGAUCACAAAAAAGAAGCUAUUGUGGUUGCAGUGAGAGGAACCUUGUCUUUUGAGGACAUUCUCACUGAUCUGUCAGCAGAUUGUGAAGACUUGACACUGGAGGAUGUUCUAGAGAAUGGCUUUGUGCAUAAGGGAAUAACUCAAGCUGCAAACUACAUCUAUCAAAAGCUAAUAAAUGAUGGAAUUUUAAACCAGGCUUUCACAAUUGCUCCGGAAUAUAAACUUGUGAUAGUUGGUCACAGUUUGGGUGGUGGAACGGCUUCUAUACUGGCGAUCAUGCUCAGGAACUCUUUCCCGACAUUAAGGUGUUAUGCCUUUUCUCCCCCAGGAGGACUGUUAAGCAAAUCACUUGCAGAUUACACGAAGCGCUUCAUUGUUUCAGUCAUUGUUGGAAAGGAUCUUGUGGCAAGGUUAAGUAUGCCCAACAUGGAGGAUUUAAAGAGGCGGAUAGUGAGAAUUGUGGCAAACUGCAACAGACCCAAGUACCAGAUCUUGCUGCAUGGGUGUUGGUAUGAAGUCUUUGGAGGAGACCCGGAUAACUUCCCAACUGAACUGGAUGGUAGAAACCAAGAUGCCCUCACCCAGCCACUUCUAGCUGAGGAGAGCUUAAUGGUUCAUCGGUCACCUUCAUACAACACCCUUGAGGAUGAACCACACCUCAGUUCACCACCACAGUAUCCUCGUCUCUAUCUUCCUGGCAAGAUUAUCCAUAUUGUAGAAGAAUCCAGCUCUAGGAGGUGGUGCUCUUCAGAUACUAAAUACACAGCAAGAUGGUCAAAUGAAGCAGUCUUCAGCAGCAUUUUAAUAAGUCCCAAGAUGAUAACAGACCACAUGCCAGAUGUUGUGCUCAAAGCACUGAAUAGUUUGUCUCAGGAACACAGAUCAUGUAUUUCUUGUCAGGCACGAGAAUGUAACACCAACGUGGUGUAACCAUAGUUCACCAAGGUGAGGGGGUUUUCACUGCAGGCUUCAGGUAUUCAGGGACCAUUCCACUUUCAUACCCGUGUGGAUUUCAGAACUUUUUUCUCACAUUGCAUAAAAUAAACAAGGGUCUUCAUGCCCUUGGCUGUGCAGCAACCUUGCAUGGCAGGAGGCUGAUUUAAAGCAGUCUGCACUUGUGCUGAAGGUUGAGCUUUUACAAACCGUGAUGGUCUGACACGUCCCAGCUGAGCCUGUGGAUGCUGGAGCACGAGAGCCAAGGUGCCAGUUGAGUACUCAACCAGAGCAAGCGUGUGUGUGUGGACAGCUGAGCCUGUGGGUGAGCGCAGAGCCCUGCCAGACCUUAAAAAUGGUAAAAAAAUUCCAGUUCUGCUUCAGUCACAUACUGCUGCUGCCUGAGACCAGCCUGUGCGGAGCCUGGAGGUGCAGUGUGGCGGGAGCUCAGUGACAGCAGUCCCACAGGGCACGAGCAGCUGCCCCAGCACAGCGGCUGGCAGGGGUAAGUGGGCAGGUCUGGGGCAGGUCAGGGUGCACAGACUGUGGUGAAACAGGCAGCCCCGCUGGGUGGUUCUCAUUGAUUGCACUAUUUUCCUUACUGAUUGUGGUAGCACCCAGGGGCAGGGGGUGUCGUGGUUAAAUGCUGCUUGGACAUACAUGUGCAAUAUUCUUUUAUCUGUUGUUUGUAUUUGUUGAGCCACAUAACUACUUUUAUUGAUUUUAAACUAACCCCUAUUAGGACUACUUAAUGAGAAGAUUUAAAAAACUCAACCCUUUAUUCAUCUUAGCUAGUGGCAUCAUCUUAGUCACUAGCUCUGACUGCUGAAAGCACUGAUCCCAAUUCUGCCAAAAAUACAUAACCAGUUAUACUGAUUUUUAGUGGAUCCCUUGUUUCUAAGCGUGCAACCAUUUUAACCCUUUUUUUAAGGCUCAGCAGUAGUUCUUAUUUAAAAGAAAAAAAUUAAUAUGAUGUGUUUGAGAAAACUGCGUGGCUGUUCUUGCUGUGAUACUUGAUAUGGAGACUAAAUAAAAUGCACUCUAAAAACCUGUCUUAU